UGGCCUGUACACUGAAACCAGCAGCCUUGUUUGGUUAUCUCACCACCGUCUAGCUAGCUCGUUCCUUGAUAGCUCGCACAAGAUGUUCGAAAUGGCAACCUCAUCACCAACAAUAUAUCGAUGAUCUUCUUUCUCUUUGAAAGGAUCUCAACAAGCUAAGGCUUUGGAAAGAGAGGCUCAAGAGAAUAUAAAUUUGCUGUGCAAAGCUUCUCUUCAGCUCCUGAAUUCAUUCUUUCUUGCUUAGCUUGAAACCAUUAUGCCAUAUCCUACAUCUCUACUCUUUUAGCUUCUUUUUAAGGUUAUUCCUAGAGUUUCUACAUAUCAGUUCUAGGUAGGAGCAUGAAAUCCAUGAACAACAACAACAACAACAACAACUGGUUGGGCUUCUCUCUCUCGUCUCCCAUGAGCAUGGACGCAUCUUCCGAUCCUCACCGUCGCCAAGAUCAUUCAACCCAUCAUCACCAAGCUCCAGUACUUUCGUUUGGCACCACGUCUGCAGUGCCAUGCAGCAUCUACCUUUCGCCUCAAAGUAGCAACUCAGGGAUUUGUUAUGGCAUGGAAGGUGCCGAGAAUGAAGCAUCAUUACUCUACCCUCAGUUAUCUGUCAUGCCGUUGAAGUCCGAUGGAUCGCUCUGCAUCAUGGAAGCCCUCAGCCGAUCGCAGCAGCAAGCUGGGAUGAUGCCAUCCCCGUCGCCUAAACUAGAGGACUUUCUCGGCGGCGGACCGCACAUGGGAAUGCAUCACCAGUUCGCCAACGACGACAGCGUGGCGGCCAUGGCCUUAAGCUUGGGCUACGGCAAGGAUUCUGAGAGCCAAGGCGACAGAAACAACCAUUCCUUAACCCUUCUCCACAGGCAACACCAACUAUACUUCCAACCACUGCAGGAAGCUGCUGGGUUAUGCUCUAAUCUGGCGAGCCACGAGAUGUAUGAUGCCGCAAUGGACGAAGGAUCCACCCAUGACGUCCACGAAGGAAUCCCCGGCCUCAAAUCCUGGGUGAACAGGCACUACGAUGGCGGCAGCAAUGGGUGUUGCGGCGAUGAAGCUGGUCUCGGGCCUGUCUCUGUCGGAGUCGGAGCCAUUGGGUAUGGGGAUCUGCAGCCCUUGAGCUUGUCCAUGAGUCCUGGGUCGCAGUCCAGCUGUGUCACAGCGCCAAUGCAGAGCUCUGCUCCGAGUGAAUGCAUGGCUUUGGACGCACCAAAAAAGAGGGGCCCUGCCAAAGGGGCCCACAAGCAAACUGUUCAUAGAAAAUCAAUCGACACAUUUGGCCAGAGAACCUCUCAAUACAGAGGCGUCACCAGGCACCGGUGGACCGGUAGAUAUGAAGCGCAUCUUUGGGAUAACAGCUGCAAGCAAGAAGGUCAGACGAGAAAGGGCAGGCAAGUUUAUCUCGGGGGUUAUGAUGUGGAGGAGAAAGCUGCUAGGGCGUAUGAUUUGGCAGCAUUGAAGUAUUGGGGACCGUCGACACAUAUCAACUUUCCGUUGGAGAGUUAUCCAGAAGAGCUUGAAGAAAUGAAGAACAUGAGCAGGCAAGAGUAUGUUGCCCAUUUAAGAAGGAGAAGCAGUGGGUUUUCACGAGGAGCUUCAAUUUACCGCGGCGUCACUAGGCAUCACCAGCACGGAAGGUGGCAAGCUCGAAUUGGUAGGGUUGCUGGAAACAAAGAUCUCUACCUUGGGACUUUCAGCACACAGGAAGAAGCAGCCGAAGCCUACGACAUAGCUGCGAUUAAAUUUCGAGGCGUAAAUGCAGUGACGAACUUCGACAUAACAAGAUACGAUGUGGAAAAGAUACUGGAGAGCACUACGUUGUUGUCGGGCGAGCACGCUAGGAGAAACAAAGCGAUCGAUGCAGGGAGAGGAGAGCCAGCAUGUGGUUCAGAACGCAACGGCUGCAGAGACGCCGUGGAGAACGACGACGCCUGCACUGCUCCGGGUUGGAAGAUGGAUCUGCAAUCUGCUCCUCCGGCGCUGGAGCCCAAGCCGCCUCUCGCAGUAGCGCACCACAACGCACAAUUCUCGCCUGUUCUGCAGGGCUUGGUCGUCGAAAACUUAAGCUCCGUGCAAGUCGUGGGCGACUUGGAGAUGCUAGGGAGUACUGGCCAUGCAGGGACGUCGUCGAUGCCGAGUCUCGACAGAAGCGGCUUCUUGGCCGCGAACACUGCGAAGCCAUCGUCGACUGCUGCUGCUGCUGCUUGGGCAGCGUCGGCUCAGCUCAGGCCGAGCAUGUCCAUGUCCCAGAUGACGGUUUUUGCUGCUUGGGCAGCGGAUGCUAAUUGAUUUCCUAUCUGUGCCGGUGGUUCUCUUUGCCUUAAACUGUAGGUCUUUAUUGAUCCCCGCCGGCGGGGGCAAUUUUGGGGCGGAAAUUCUCAGAAAUUGUAGCCCUCUCCGAGCAGAAUUCUAUCACUUAACGAUAUGUUGUUUUAGUUUAGGUUGAAAAGAAAAGAAAAGGAAAAAAAAAAACUUGGGAUCUCCGACAAGAACAUGCAAACUUUUGACCAUGAGUUUGGCCGUUGCUGAGAGUUCCACAUUAAGGGUUUAUAGGUUUUCAUUUCAUCAAUCAAAACACAUUCCAAUACACUAUCCGCGCCUAUUUUCAGCAUUCAUGUAUUGAAAAA